UGCAUGCCUGUAGUCCCAGCUACUCAGGAGGCUGAGGCAGGAGAAUUGCUUGAACCCGGGAGGCGGAGGUUGCAGUGAGCCAAGAUCAUGCCACUGCACUCCAGCCUGGGCAACAGAGCAAGACUCCGUCUCAACAAAAAACAAAAACAACAAAAAAAGAGAGAGAUAAUGGAAAUUUAUCCCCCUUUAACUGUGCAUAGCAACAGCAAGUAACCAUUACCUGUGAUGAGAAGAGCUAUGGUUUGCUGAAGCUUAUUUAAGGCACUGUGCUAAGGAAUUCUCAUAAAUGGUAUUUGAGCCUCAUGACAACCUCUUUUUACAAAUAAGGAAACUGAGGCUGGGAGAAACUAAAUGAGCUGCCUGAGAUCACAGUUUGGAAAGUGGCAGAAGCUGAGCUCGGUGGCACACACCUGUAGUCCCAGCUGUCCGGGAGGCUGAGGUGGGAGGAUGGUUUGAGGCCAGGAGUUCAAUGCUAUGAGCACAUUUAUGAAAAUGUGCUGCUCUCCAGCCUGGGCAACAUAGACUUUGUCUCUUAAAAAAAUAAUAAAUAAAAAUGUUUUAAAUUUAAAAAUGAAAAACAUGGCCAGAAUUCUAGCCUAUGCAAUGGCUACCUGCCUCAGAGACUUCUUACCCUUACAGAUAUAUACCUAUGCUGAUAGUGGUAGCCUCCAUCUGUGUAAUAUUAAAUUGUCAUCAAGUAAUUCUUGUUACCUUUUUUGUUAGUGCCUUCAUUCCAGGGAGAAAGUAAGAGAAUAAAAACAUGCUUGCAAGGCAGUGCACAUACAAGAGACCUCUGAAAGCUGCUGCCAGACCUGUGUGCCCCCAGAGCAGGUGUCCUCUCGUAAGCAUCCUGGGGCAGGUAUAACAGCCCCUGAUAAGUCCUGCUCAGUGUGAUGUGGGUCUCAAGGAACUGGUCCUUAUAAUGGUCAAACAUGAGUGAUUUGAGAGUAAUGUAACUUAAAAAGUAAACUGGAAUUCAUUCAAAGUGAUCCCUAGAGUAAUGUCCCUCUAACCCACGGGCAUUCUAGGAUGCUUUGUUGAGUUUCUUGGGUUUAGAGUGACUCCAUGAGCCCUGGGAACUGUGCAGAGAGCCCCUGUCUCCCACCCCUUGCGGACAUGCAGCACCAGUAUCUGUUGGACAUGUGCACAUCUGCUCACAUUUUGCAAUGGAAGAGGACUGAGACCCGCUGCAAGGAAGUAUUCAGUACAUGUAUAGUGAGGUCAUGAAUAAACAGCUGGGUGAAUGGCUGCCUCCCUUUUGGUUGUUCUUACAAGGAAAUAGCCUACAAGACAGGGAAUGCGUUUCAGCCUAUAUGAAGUUAUUAACAAAGUUUUGUUCCUAUUGCUUAAAAUUCUGUGAACUACUUUAAGUAUUAUCUUAUUUCACAGCUUAUUUUGAGUAAUACAACAAUGCAAGCAUUAGCCGAGAACAUCAGUGCCUUCAUUGUUGAUUAAAAUUGGCCCCAUAAUGAGGAUGCGGGAAUGCUGCCAUCUGAGCGGAAGCCAGCUGUGUAGUGAGCCCCCUUCUCCCUGAAAAUGUUCUCCGUAGCAUGUGGGGUGAGUGAAGAGACCCCCAACCUAGACAAGGGAGACACAUCUUUGUACUCAACUAUCUGCACUCUCUCAGUUGGCACAAGCCCCUUGGAGGACACCGGUCACAGAGUCAAAUCCUUGUUUGACAGAGAUGGAGCAGGAGCCAGCAGGCUUCACUAGCAGCACGAGAGGUUUAAGGGCUAAAGACGGUGACCUUGCCAACAGUCAGCGUGUGACAGCCUUGGUGGAAUGACCAGAGAAGGCUGUGGAGUGAGCAUCAGCUAAUGGUACGGGGUGGUUGGGAUUCAGUCUUUCUAGAACUCCAGUCAGUCUUCCCAUCUGGGUUUUCUGCAUAGCAGCCUGGGGCACAGAGCUGGAAUGCCAGCCUUCUCGGGUUUUGGUCUCAAGCUGUUCCACCACAGCAUGUCGUAGUUAUAAUGUCCCCAUGUACCGUGUGGGUGAAAGGCCUGGGAAAAAAGUUUCCUAUAAAAGUAAAUAAAUUGGGGCAGGGGGCAAUUGUCAAUAAAUAGUUAAAUAAAUUAUUAUGUAGUCAUAUUUUUUGUUAUAUUAUUAUACCUCAAUAAAGCUGGAAAAAACUGGUGGUGGUAGAGGAAAGUGCUUAUGUUAUACUCUGUGAAGAAGAGAAUACACAACUCUGGCCACAUUAUGGUUACAACUGUAUAAAUUUAAUAUAUGCAAAUGAACAAGCAUUAGAAAAGCACUUAAAGAAAUUGGCAAGGUGCGGUGGCUCAUGCCUGUAAUCCCAGCACUUUGGGAGGCCAAGGCGAGCGAAUCACAAGGUCAGGAGAUCGAGACCAUCCUGGCUAACAUGGUGGAACCCCGUCUCUACUAACAAUACAAAAAAAAACAAAAUUAGUCGGGUGUGGUGGCGGGCGCCUGUAGUCCCAGCUACUCGGUAGGCUGAGGUGGGAGAAUGGCGUGAACCCAGGAGGUGGAGCUUGCAGUGAGCCGAGAUCCCACCACUGCACUCCAGCCUGGGCAACAGAGCGAGAUUCUGUCUCAAAAAAAAAAAAAAAAAAAAGCCGUUCAAGUAUUAGGAUGAUGGGACUAUAGAUGCAUUUCCUCCCAUUUUGGAUUUUUAAUUUUGCUGUUACAUUAUUCCUGCAAAAAACAAAAGCCAGGCAGGAAAAGUUCCCAUCUCCAGGCCAUCCCGUCUGACAGAAGUCCCAAGGCAGGAAUGGCCUGAACUCCUCUCUACCAGUGGCCAACUCUCCUCCUGCUCCAGGCUUGGUUCUCAGGCUUUGAGAACCUCAGGGCAGAACACCUUUUUCCACCCUGGCAAGCAAAAUGAAUAGAUAACAAUUGUGCCCUUGUUUUGAGCAACAGGAGCAGAUGGGACCCACACUGGUGGGCUGACCUGGGAAAGGUCCAGGGCUGGCUUGGCCCGGGCAGCAAGGCUGAGGAAGGUGGUAUGGCCGGGAGGAGACCCCAGGGCUGCAGGCAUGCCCUGCAUUACCCUCUGCACCCCUUUCCUGGCCUCAGGAACUCUCGGUGGGAUGCGUUAGAAGACCUGCUGACAGGCUGGAUGAGGCCAAUGAGAGAGAGAGGCAACGGAGAAGAGGGGCACCUGGGUUCACAGGCCUUAAGAAAGAAUUUAGUUACUUAUUUAACAAAUUAAACAAUAUGCGUCAUGCACGUAGGUCUGGGAAAUGCAUUAUUAAAAAGACACAGUGCAGAGGUGCAGCACCAGGAUAUGGGUGGAUUUGGGACUCUAGAAUGGCUUUGAUUGUGUGUGGUACAAGGGAGAAUGUAUACAUGUAUUACGUGUGUAAUUUUUUAAAGUACACAUAUAGAGGAAAAGAUGAGACAAGUCUGAUGAGAUGUCAACAGCAACAAUUCUUAGUUAUGGGUACUGUGAAUUUCCCAGAGAGGAAGAGAGUCCUUUAGCUGGGCAUGGUGAUUUCAGCACUUUAGCAGGCUGAGGCAAGAUCACUCGAGCCCAGGAGUUCAAGAUCAGCUUGGGCAGCAUAGCGAGAUCCCCAUCUCAAUAGAUGGAUUAGAUAGAUGGAUGGAUGGAUGGAUAGAGAGAGAGAUACAUAUAUUUAGAUAGAUAGCCUAGAUUGCUUGAUGAAUGGGUAAGUUGGAUCGGCAGAGACAAAUGGAUAGAGAUGGAUUAGAAGGAUAGAUGGAUAGAUUAGAUGGAUGAAUGAAUAGAGAGAAACAGAUUAGACAGAGAUAGAUGGAUCCAUCGAUUGAUUAGAUAGGUUAAGAUAGUCCUUGCAUUCAGGGAAGCCGCAGCGGGUGCCGCCUAGCGCAGCAACCUCUGCCCAGACACUCAGUGCUGCAAAACAGGGGCCUGCGCCUGUUCUGCUGCCGCCGGGGCCUGCGGCGGGCGAGGGAGAUGCGGGACCGAGAACUGGGGUGAGGGAGAGAGGCGGCGGCCCAGAGGAGCAGCAGGCGCGCCUCGGGCGGUUUCCUGUCCGGGGUGGCGCGGCCGCCUGUCGGCGUGGGGUGCGGCGAGGGGAGCGGGGCGCUGGGUCAGCCGAGGGCCGGGCCUCGGGGGCGCAGCCGGGCUGGACGGGGGCUCCUGUGGGCACUUGGCCGGGUUUGCUCGUUUUUCGGGAAAUAAGGCCACUGGGGACAGUCACUACGUUUUCAGGAACCGCUCAGCCCCGCAGUGCCCCGCAGAUGGACCCGGCGGCGUUCCUGGCUGCGGCUGACUGGGCUCCCGGAGCGAGGAGCGCCCCUGUGGGCGGAGCCUGGGCCCUGGGCGGUGGGAGCGCCUCCGCCCCCUUCCCACUUCCGCCCCGCUGGCGCCGGACCCCCGCUCUCGUCUGUGCCCGCCAGGCGGGGCCCUUCCGUCCUGUUACAGGCGGUCCCUGAGCUCACCCUUCGUCUCCGCACAGCUGGACCGCCGUAUACGUUUGCCACUGAUUCCAGGAUGUCCCCGAAUAUCUUGGGAAAGGGCCGUGUUGGACGAACGCGGGGCGCGGUGUUUUCUGUCCGCGCCGUCCCUCGCUGCUGGCGCCAGGGCCAUCGGAGGCUCAGAAUUCCCCAAACGCGGGCCCCUCCACGCUGAGUUCCCGCUAUCCCGUGACGGCCGACAGCCCCGCGGACCCUGCUGACAGCCACACUCUGGGCUACAAAGGGUACCACGCGUACUUUUUUUUCCAGCACGCGUGGGGCCUUGGAAAGAAUCUUUGCUGAGGCCUGUGGCUGGCCUGUCACCUUGUCAAUCUGGCCAAGCGUUUUUGAAAAAAGAUACUAACUCACCAGAUGUGAAGUUGCAAUUGUUCUGUGAAUAUGCGGACUGGAGAAGACACUCGCUGGGGGAUCCUGAGCCCAGGCUCGGAAAGGGCCGUCCACUGCGAGCGCGGACUUGCGCCUCUGCUGGAGGCCGGGCAGGGCACGGGCGGGCCCGGGGCCACCUCUGCCAGGGCUUCCUCAACCCAGCCUGCCCUCGUCGGGUGGCCACUGAAUGCGGUUGGACAGUCAUCUUGAAUGUAUUUCAAGCACACAGGAAGGGUGCCUGUGGCCUUCAGACAGCGCCGCACCUCGGCCGGGCGCCUCGGAGAUCAUGCAUGCGCCGCGGUCCAGGGACAGGUUCACAGCGCCGUCCUUCAUCCAGAGGGAUCGCUUCAGCCGCUUCCAGCCCACCUACCCCUAUGUGCAGCAUGAGAUUGAUCUUCCUCCCACCAUCUCCCUGUCCGACGGUGAAGAGCCACCUCCUUACCAGGGGCCCUGCACCCUGCAGCUCCGGGACCCUGAACAGCAGAUGGAACUCAACCGAGAGUCCGUGAGGGCCCCACCCAACCGAACCAUAUUUGACAGUGAUUUGAUAGACAUUGCUAUGUAUAGCGGGGGCCCGUGCCCACCCAGCAGCAACUCGGGCAUCAGUGCAAGCACCUGCAGCAGUAACGGGAGGAUGGAGGGGCCGCCCCCCACAUACAGCGAGGUGAUGGGCCACCACCCAGGCGCCUCUUUCCUCCAUCACCAGCGCAGCAACACACACAGGGGCAGCAGACUGCAGUUUCAGCAGAACAAUGCAGAGAGCACAAUAGUACCCAUCAAAGGCAAAGAUAGGAAGCCUGGGAACCUGGUCUGAUUCCCUCCAACGUGCACUUCAGCUGGAGAAAGAAACCAAGGAGGGAAGCGGCCUCUGGGCCCCUCCUGCGCACAGUGUUGUUCAGUUUCACAUGGUACAAAUAAGUGAAACCAAAUGAGCAAACACGGUCUUUGUUUCUGAUUCCUUUUAGGGGAAUUGCAUGCAAACUAGACUGAAAUGAUACAAACUUCCAUCUGGUCUGACCGCAAACAGUGUUUAUUUGGGGACAGGGGUUGGGAUGGGGGUGUGGGCAGGGGAAAACAGAGAAAGGGAUGCUUUGAAGAUAUCAUGAAAUAAAACCCACAGAGGUAUUUGAUUUAUUUAAUUGUGAAAGGAGACUUUUUGCAGAUAAAUGAGGCCAGAAUGGCCUGUUUUAUAAUUAACUGAAUAAAGAAGGAAGCAUUAUUAUAUAUUAUUGUGGGGAAGAACCAGCCAGUUCGCUUUUUCUCCUAAGGUGUGGAACUUUUAUUUUGUUUUAAAAAUAUGAAUCAAAAUUCCUGUUUUGUGUGCCAAGGUAUAAAGUGGAGAAGUUAGAUGAGUGCAAGGAGCUCCUUUGUGUUGUGAUGAUGUGUUUUAAAAGUUGCACUAUCUUAAUGUUGAAAAUAUUUACGAGGGAACUGUUUUACGUGAAGUUCUGUAUGUUGUCUUUUCACCUGUGGAUUGUAAUCAGGCCCAAGGAAUAUCCUGGAGUGGUCCCCAGAAUCAUCCAAGAAAAGAUAUUUGGGGACGUAGCCUAACAUUUUACCAACUUACGUAAAUCAAAAAAGUCAUUAUUGUUGCAGGAGUUUGCAUCAAAUGGCAGUGCAUCACUGAAGCUUUUGGAGACUUUUGGAUGGAAGAUAGGGAAGAUUAAGUUCCAGCAUUUCUGACUUGUUAUUUUGAGUUACUCUGCUAAUCUUAGGCUGCAUAGUUUAUGAGAAAAUGAACACAUGCAUUUAUGGAUCCAGUAUCAUGCAGUGCUGCCCUCAUCCUCCAGCAGUGCAAUUUCUUCAGUAAUUUAGAUUUUUUUCACUAUAGCAUGAAAUAUAUUCAAAUACAUACCUUAUUUUAUGCAAUAAAUUGUUUAAAAUGCAAGGUGGUUAUUCUGCAUACUGUUGAAAUAUGUGACUCCUCAGUAUAUUCCCAUUGCCUCUCCCCUUUCCUCGACAGCUUUGUUCAGUUCUGCAGGGCUGCUCAGUUCACAGGAGGCUCUCAGCAGCCACCCCACAUCCAGCCUUCCCAGAACUUUGUGUGGGAGUGGUGUGGGUGGUGGUUUCUUAUGCUUUGGAAGCCCCUAGAAAUGACGGAAGAAUGCCAUGUUGCUGAUCAUGGUAAGAAGCCAUUGUGGGUUAUUGUAUGUCACUAGUAUUAGCAUAGCAUUCUUAAAGGAAUGCAGUGCUCAAAACCUACCCAAAUUCCCACAGGAUUCUACCAAACCCUUCCCCAGGCCAGCUUUUGUACUGAAGGCAAAAACUGGACAGUCAGAGAACAGUGGAGGGGGCAAGUGACUGAAGAGCACUGGGUAAAAAGCACAACAUGCAGUUAAAAUGCAACUAGAAAACUAAUUUUAAAUAUUGUUAGUUUUAAUAUUCCUGAUAUUUACAAAUAUUCAGUCUUAUAUACAAUGAAAAAAAUAACUUUCUUCUGCAGAUGUAAGCACUGGCUUUUAUAAGAGCAGCAGCCAACACGUUUAGCAGACACUGCGCGUGGAGAAGGGCUUAUCUGCAGUACAGUCUGCCAUGUGGAGGGUGGGCCUCUGUGGCCUCUUCACAUAACAAGAUGAGCUGGAAUGAUGAUUCCAUGACUCCCAUCUAUGCAGCUUUAAAGCCAAAACCGCGUGUGUGUGUUUGUGUCUGUCUGUGGGUCUCGAAGGUGAUCCCUCAGUGCGGUGGCUCUGUGCUGUAACUGGAGAGACUGUUCCAAACCCCAAGAGUUGUCUGAUCCUGGUCUGUGCCCUUCUGCUUCUUACCUCUGUAGAUAGGUCACUGGUUUUUGUUUGUUUGUUUUGAGGAUUGGAAUUUCCAUUACAUUCAUCCUUUGCACACAGUAACAUCCACAGAACUAGUCCAACUCUUAAAAGGAGAGAGGAAAAACACGGGAACCAGUUGUCAGCUCAUGCUUACAACCCUGUGUGGAAGUAUAUACAGUUGAGAGUCACAGUGGAGGUUCUGAGACUGGAUUCAGUCUUGUUCCAGUGACACUUCGAAGGCCUCUGCUGGAGAGAAACCAGCUCUCAGGGCAGAGAUUGGCUUGGGGCCAGAGAGGACCUUCCCCAACCCUGGAGAUGCCCUGAAGGUUCACUGGCUCUCCAGAUUAGCCUCUCUUCCUCUGUCAGGCAAAGAUGAGGAGCCCGUGUUCCCAUCGGGCCCUGCUGGCAGGGACUUGCAGUGGAUUGUUGGUCAGGUGUGCCCGCAGAUGCAGAGGCGAGGUGAGUGAUUCCACCGUUCCAGUUCUCACGUGCAGUUUUGGUGAAGCAGGAGAUGCACCCCACAGCUCUAGCUCUCAAAUGGCUUCACAGUCCUUACUUCUCUACCUGCCUCAAGAAGGGUCUCAGAGCAGAGACUUGUGAAUUCCUUAGUAACUGCGAGUAUAUGAAUGUUUUGCACAUGUCCACAGUAUUGGUGAGAUAAUUAUGUAAUUCAGAUACCUUUAAUCAUCUUUCAAGAAAGAGGCUCCUCCCAUUCAACCACCCUAGAGAAUUGCCUUUGUUAAAUAGUUAAAGACACAUACAUAUCAAACCAUGACUUUGAAAAGUCUUCGAGGCUGGGGCUCUGUAAUGAAUUAGUUUAAAGGCCAAGGUCAUAACAUGAAUUGGUAGUCAGUUUCCCUUCAGCACAAGGAAAAAGUGAUUUAGAUAGUAGCUCUUUUGAAGGUUGUGGCUGACCUGUUCAUACCGUGUCGCCUCAUGGCUAGCGUGGCAUUGAAAGAGUAGCGAUUGGGAAGAUGCACUUACAUAGUGGGGCCUAUUGUUCUUUCAAGAACCCUUUUUUUAGCUUAUAGAACCCAUGGGUCCAGUUUAGUAACCAGUGAUUUAGGCAAUCAAUGAUAGGUUUAUAAUCUUAGAUUAUUCCAGCAAAGUGUGGAUUGCAUUGUUAGGAAGAACAUUUGGUGGGAAUGGACACUCCUGGACAUACUGCUGACUGUUGUCCCUUGUUCCAGGUGUAGGAGACCCAAGGCAUCUUGAAUCCCAUCUAUAAGAACACAAUCUUCCAGCAUACAUUUGCUUUUUCAGAAACUCUAGCAUUGUUUUUAAAUACUGACGCAAUCCUUAAUGGAAAAGAGAUUUCAUGAAGCAAAUUACAUAUUUCAAUAGUUGAUCUAUUUUUGGUGUCCAAAAUUUACUAAUACAGAAGCUUGACAAGCAUGUCCUCACCCUCCCCAUCACACAAACACAUGGACACACACCCAAGCCACAAGAAAUCCCAAGAGAGCAGAAGAGAAUUUUUAAAAGAUUUAUCGUGAGGACUGCAUUUCCAUUCACUAAUUUUGGCUCAAAAUUAAUUAAGAGGCAGGAAAUAGGGGCCAACAGUAAAUAGGGGAGGCCUCCUGACACCAGCAGAGGAAUUUUGUACCCAGGCGAGGACUUCUUGAACUUCUACGUAUCUCCAUUUGAUCUCUUUCACCUUUAUUUCAUCUUCAUAAGAAUGAGAGUCUCAAAAGGAAGCACUUUUUGAAAGCUUCUCUGACCUAGAAGAAUCCAUUCAAAUCCCUGCCUUCCUCUCUCAACCAACAGUUCCCGUCUCUGACAGGGGCCAUCCUCUAUCUUCCAUCCAGCGGCUCUUCUUUUUAGGAAGGCUCUGGUGCAGAGCACUUCAAAUAUGUCCUCAGGCCAGAUACUGGUUGCUACUACAAAGACACACAGCACCCAGUCCCAAGCCCUCCCUCAAAGGACCGGCUCAUGGCAUUGGUCACUGGCAGGCUCAGAGACAUUCUGCUGUGGGCGCAGGGAGCCCGGCCCCCCACGCAGCCAUGACUGGAUGCGCCCCCAUCUCGGGGGCUUGCUGCACUGCUCGUUUAUUGAAUUUUGCUACUUAGAAUGGCAACAUUAACUUUGUGUACCAUUCAUUUUUUAAAAAUUUUCCAAAGCUCAGCAGUGUAUGAAAGAAAAUACUGGGAAAGAUACUUGGUUUCUGUUAACUUUUGCGUUGCUUGCUUAAGUGAUUAAAGCCAGUGCUUGGAGCCAAGGCUUCAUGCCACGAACACGCCCCACAGCCUGCCCUUUGCUCUCCUGCUCACACUGACCGAGAAUGCCGCAUGCUUGGCCUGCUGAGGUGAAAGGACAAUUGAAUGACAGGUGGGCAAAGGGAGAACUUCCCCUUCUUGGUGCGAGGAAAGUCACAAAUUAAAAAAUGUUGCUUCCAGCCCAGAUCCUAAAUGCUAGUUCUCAGCAGCUGCGUGGCUUACCAUUCACCAUUUCCACCACCGCCAGCUGCCAGCACCUCCACAGAUCACAGAGAUGUGAACAGACAAUGGAAAGCACUCUUAGCCUUGCAGUGGUCUAUAUUUUUUAGGAACCAAGAUUUCAGCAUUCUUUAUUAGCCAGCACGCUGUGUCCUUUGCCGAGUUCAAGUUUAUGUUACUGCCAGGGUCAGACAGUCAUUUGCUGCUGCUGCUGCUGCUGCUGCUUCCCAAACUGGAUGCAUUAGGAAGCUGCUGUCUGAGUGUAGGAAUAUCUUGCUAAAAAAGCAAUGUCUUCCUUCAUCCUUUUCUUUCUUCCCUCCGCGUGUCCUUGUUUUUGUGUAAUGCGGGAGAGGGUUAGAGCUAUAGAGAUUAUAUAUACACUAUCCGUGCACAUUAUAUAUAGGUAGAUAUACCCCUAUCAUGUCAGAGAUCUGCAUGUCAGUUUUUCAGCAACUAAGGUGCCUCAUGUUCUGAGUUCAGCAGAUAUAGGAACCAAGCCGCCCCCUCCUGCACUUGAUGCUCCCACCUUUGUUGUGCCUCACUUAAAAUGGUGCUUUUUUCAGUUGUCUGUCUUUUCUUGUUUUUAUUUGUAAGGUGCUGUAUAUAAGUUGAAUAUAUUAUGCACAUAUCCUACCCAAUGGGUAGAACAAAAAGUUGUUAAUACUGUAAUAUAAUGUAUAGAUGAUACCAAUUUUAACAGAAAUGGCAUAGAAUUUGUGAAUGCCUAUGUGCUUCGUCCUCUUUUGUAAGGAAAUUUGCAAAUGGAUGCAUACAGAUUAAAGUCUAUGUAGUUUAUUUUCCUAUUAAAUAUCGAUAUUAUAACAGAAGAGAAAGAAGUGUGAACAAACAAGCAACAGUUUAUGAUGACCAGCGUAUAUAUAGCAAUGGAAAGUUGCAUCUUUGCUGUGAAAACACUUUAAAGAAAAUACUUUUUAAAAAAUCCCACAGCUUUUUGGUUGCCACUAGACGCUUCUUAUUUUAAUCAUUUUAGUAAUGCUCAGCUGGACCAGUGUUAGUUAUAUUUGAGUCAGAAAAAUGUUGUUUUUCAACUUGCUUUAUAAUCUCCUGCAUCUAUCUCCUGCUGUAGCAUCACAAAGGUGUCAGGCCUCAGUGAAAAGUGCACAUUUUUGUUGUUAAUAUUGCAGAAACUGUGUCAGAGGAAUAAGUAAAUCAGCCUGCAGCAGAGGACUUUGUUCAGCUCCAGAGGCAUCUGUGACCGUCUGUGUCCAAGUCUCUCUGUGCCUUUUUCUUUUACAAACUGAAGCUGUGGAGCCAAUGAAGUAACAGUAGAGAUUGUAGGGAAAGAAUAUCUCAGGAAAAACAAAUCCACUUACAAGAACACCCUGUUCUUAGAAAAAGUGUUUAGUUAUGGGUUAGCACUAGAAGAGACUUGGCUGUCGGCCAGCCAAGUGAAGGACCUCUCAUCCAUUCCCAUUCAUGUCCCAUCGUAAUCCUGACCCAAAAAGCAAACUCGGUUUUGCCAUCAGUUAGAAAUUACGUUUUGAAUUGUAUAUUGUUACAUCUCUCUUCCAGCUUAGUUUUUAGUGUCUGAUUGUGACCUCUGCAUUUAUUUUCAAAUACCCUAAUUUUAAAACAAAAGAACAAGAAAAGUUUAUAACACCGUGUUCAUUAAAACCACGGUUGAAUCUUGGGUGUGGGCAUCCUUUUGAGUGUUGUCCAUAAGAGCAGUUCGCGGAAUUUUGCCCAUCUGACCCAUAUUAUCAGCUUAUUCUGCCACCAAAGUAGAGUCUAAUAAAUUCCAAAGUUUUUGUUUGCUCCACGGUGUAUGUUCUGACUUUGAAAAUCACAAUAUAAUCAUACCCCUAACAUCCAGGAAACAAAUGACCGAUUAUCCUUAAACUGAAAUUGACUCUACAAUGCAACUCUUAAUGCUGAAUGGAUUAAAAGUCAGCCCUUAGUAUGUUUGAAAGAGCCGUGAAAAGUUGACACUCUUGUUGUUGUGGAUCCUGCGUGUCUAGACCCAUGUGUUGGUUCCAUCAUAUACUGUAGGGUGCACCCCUUGGGAUUCAGCAUUAAGAACUGAGGCUCAUUGUUGUCAGAAACAAAGCUCCCACCCCCCAGGUUCAACCUUGUGGGAGAACUGUUGAGCAUGAGAAUGUUCUAGACUCAGAGGUACUAAAAUUUGUUACCACAUCAUUGCUUCCUUUCUACAGGACGAAUUGAGGUUUAAACUUUACUGUUAAUGAUACUGGUUCAUUUUAAUGUGCUUGUUGGUAUGUUGCUAUUUUUCAUUUCAUAACUUUCAAAAAUCAUGCUAAUUGUAUACUUGUCUAGUUUAAGGCUAUUUUAAAAUAUGUACAAUACUAUUCACAGCAUUUAGUUCAUUUAAUUUUUAUUAUAAAGCAAUCUACUAAAAAAGUACAACUGUAUUUGAACUUUUCAAUAGUUGGUUGUGAGCUAUGAUAAUCAAAAGUCAUUAAAAUCUUUUUUAACAAACAUUUGUGCUUACUUUUCAACAUAAUUCCCAGUUAUAUACAGAAAAAGAUUUCCACCUGUCACGUAUCUGCCUCUUUUACCUGAGCAAUGGUGAUGUAGUUCUUAGACCUAAGGUCUGUAAUUGCAAUACUUUUAAAGAAAGAUGUUGCUCUCAGUGCUGUUUGUUAGUUAUGAAAUCAGAUUUUUCUGCUUGUUCUUAAUGCUGUGGUCAAACCAUAGCAAAAAAUCAUUAAAAAUAAUCAGCGGCAUA